UAAUAAUGAUUAGUAAUAAUCUUACUGUUACAUUUCCGUUUUCAACAAACUUUGUUCUUGACAUUGCAUCAGCGAUUAUGCAGAGUGCAGAGACAGAUAAAAUAAAAAGAAAAUUAAAAAAAAGGCCAUGAUUUUGUAAUUCUUUUUUUCUAAUUAUCUUAGCUGCCUUAGAUAAACAGUCUGUGGCAUCUAAAGGACACGCCUUUUGCUCUUUAUAACCUCCAAAACAUCGCUCUCUUCCAUUUGGACAUAAACCCGGAGAAGAAGAGACUCUAUUUGUUCUUUAUUGAUUUCAUUUGAGUCCAUUGUAGUAAGAAAGGUGAUUCCUUUUUGGAAUAUUUGUUUGUAAAAUCAGCAAAAUCUGAGUACAUGGAGAUCGAUAAAGCAAUCAGCGAGAGUGAUGAUAGAAGGCUUAAAACCAAGUACAACAACGCCAUCUAUGUUAUUCAAAGAGCUCUUGCUCUAUACUCGGUUGAAGAGGUUGCCUUCAGCUUUAAUGGAGGAAAGGAUUCAACAGUUUUGCUGCACUUGCUUAGGGCUGGGUAUUUUUUAUAUAAAGGGGAAAAAAGCUGUUCUAAUGGUGGUCUGACUAGUUUCCCCAUUCGAACAAUUUAUUUUGAAAGUUCUUCUGCUUUCCCUGAAAUCAAUUCAUUUACCCAUGAUACAGCCUCAAGCUAUGGCCUACAACUGGAUAUCAUUAGCUCAGAUUUCAAAUCUGGAUUAGAAAAUCUACUGAAGGCUAAUCCUAUCAGAGCUAUUUUUCUUGGAGUUCGAAUUGGUGACCCUACUGCGGUAGGCCAAGAACAGUUCUCUCCUAGUUCACCUGGCUGGCCACCUUUCAUGAGAGUGAAUCCUAUUUUGGAUUGGUCUUACAGAGAUGUUUGGGCCUUUAUUUUGACUUGCAAAGUCCAGUACUGCAGCCUUUACGAUCAGGGAUAUACUUCAAUAGGGAGCAUACAUGAUACUAUACCAAAUGCAUUGUUGUCAAUCAGAGACUCCAGUUGUAAAGAAAAAUUUAAACCUGCAUAUAUGCUUGCUGAUGGAAGAUUAGAAAGAGCGGGAAGAGUGAAAAAGUUGUCUCCUCCCACCGUCGGGCAUCUUCCUGGUGUUAGUGACAGCCCAGACAAUGUGGAUGCGCAUAAAAACAGCGCACUUGUAGCUGCAGUAGUUGCUGUGGGUGAUGAGAUUCUGUUCGGAGCAGUUGAGGAUCAAUUGGGACCUUCAUUAUGCAGAAAGCUCCAUUGCAUUGGUUGGUCAGUAUCACAAACUGCUGUUGUGCGGAAUGAUGUAGAUUCUGUGGCUGCAGAGGUUGAGCAGCGAAAAUCUACCAAUGAUAUGGUAUUUAUAUAUGGAGGGGUGGGUCCAUUGCACUCUGAUGUUACCUUAGCUGGUGUUGCAAAGGCUUUUGGGGUUCGACUGGCUCCUGAUGAAGAAUUUGAAGAAUAUCUCCGGCAUCUUAUAGGCGAUCAUUGCACUGGUGAUCGAAAUGAGAUGGCUUUACUUCCUGAAGGUAUCACUGAACUAUUGCAUCAUGACAAGCUGCCAGUCCCUAUGAUUAAAUGCCAAAAUGUGAUUAUUCUUGCUGCAACAAACAUUGGUGAGCUAGACAGGGAAUGGGAGUGUCUGACAGAGUUUACAAGAUCUUAUGGCCUGUUAGCAACGAUGGAACCAUUUGCAGCAAAACGUUUAACAACAAAUAUCUCAGAUGUAGAAAUUGCCCAACCUUUAUCAAAACUGUGUCUUGAAUUCCCAGAUCUUAAUAUUGGGGUGUACCGCAAAUCCAGAAAUGGGACUCUCAUAAUUACUUUUGAGGGCAAGAAGCAAGCACGGAUUGAUUCAGCUGUUGAGGCGUUGCGCAAGAAGUUCCAUCCUGGGGUGUUCUCUGAAAUGAACUAAAUUUGGUUGUUCUGCUCAUCUCUGAACUGUUACCUUCGAAGCUUCACAACUUGAUAGCUACUCAAUAGUUGUUCUAGUUUGUGACACAUACGCAACAAGAGGUUGCCUAGCAAUUGAUAUAGCGAUCGAAUAGGAAGACUAGUGGUGAUUUACAGUUCGGAAGGGAGGAGAAGCUAGAGAAAGAUGACGACUGAAUAACAGCAGAAAGCCUUCUUUUACAACUAAGAAGGGAAACACGCCAUGAUGGUGAACUGACAAGAAGGCACUACAGUUGAAGUCUUGGCUGUAGCAAAUAUGAACAACCAGACACUUAUUUGACUCAUCAGCUUUAUCUUUACCCAGUUUUAAAAGCUCAAUGUUGCUUCUUCUACUUAACUAAUUAUGAGCAUCAAAUGCUUAGAUAUGAUUAAACAUAAUAAUAUGCUAGUCUUUUUGAACA